CCUCACAUUAUAACUCACCUUCAAUUAAGAACCUAACACUAAAGAUAAUCUUCAAUAAAAUUAUUUACAAUAUUGUAUAUUCUUAUUAGUGUAUGUCAGAUUUUUCCAGGCUGAAUUUAAUACAUUUUUCUCUCUUCACAGUGAAGAGGACAUGUCAGUACAAAGGAGUGACUUAUGAGGUUGGAGAUCGCUGGUCAGACCCCUCAGAGAAGUGUGUAUUAUUUAGCUGCACUAACAGCGGUACUCUGCAGGAGAAGAGUGUGUGUUCUCAGGACGGCUGCCCAGAGGAGCUUCGUAUCUGGGAUGAGCAUCACUGCUCUUAUGUAUGUCAGAGGCAUGCUGGUUUGAUGUCAUACGCAAGCCUCCUACUAAAGCAAGGCAGAGGUCACCACACCUGCGGCCUGCGUCUCACCCAGGUGAACCUGACAGUGGGCUCCUGCUUCACCUCCGUGCAGCUGCCCACCUGUGAGGGACAGUGUGAGGAUCGCUCCAGGUGGCUGCAAGAGGGCGGAGUCCUGCAGCUAGAGAGGGCGUAUCCUCUGUGCCAGGAGUCCACCUGGGAGGAGCGUGUGGUCGACCUGACGUGUGACGGACACACGCCGACUCUGUUCAGUUACAGACACAUCACUUCCUGCCACUGUGACACCGGCUCCGUGCACAGCACAUCAGCAGAAGCGCCCGAACAGGAGCUCCAUGACUGAACAUGCCUUGGGAUCCAAACAGCAGAACCACCAGCAAAAAUCACACAAAUCACCCAAAUCAGUCAAUUAAUUCAGUCAUAUUUCAGUUUCAUGUCAUUUCAAUUAUACUGAUCACAGGUAAUUCAGGUCAGUUGUGAAUUGGAACAGGGUGUGAAUUACUGGCCAGCAGACAACUUACUUUCACAUCACUUAAUUUUUCUUGCCCUUUAUCUAUGUUCUAGUUUGAAUUGAUGGAGGUGAAAUCUAAAUAUGUCCAACUUUCAUAGUUUUCAGUAAUGUAUGACAGUGUCACAAUAAGAAAGCAAUAGGCCAACAGAAGGAGUAGAUGCAGGUAAAAUAACAUAAUAUUGAUGACUAAAAAUAUAACUGAGAUUACAAUGUUACAAGUCCAAAAUAAAAACGA